AUGUACGCUAUCAAAGACCACACUAAACCUGCUAGCAUUGCUUGGAACGAAACUAUUCAAAUUGGCAAUCAAAUAUUUGCAUUCAAGAUCGAUACUGGAUCAGACGUGAACAUCAUAUCUCAAGACGCUUUUAAGAAACUCAGGGCUAAAUCUAAAUUGACUCCAACUAAGACUAAAUUGUCAUCAUUCUCAGGUCAUGAGAUCAAUAUUAUUGGAUCAAGCAAUAUAAAGUGCAGCAAAAACGGAAAGAGCCUGAUCCUAAAAUUCUUUAUUACCAAUGUAAAUACCGAAAGCGUUUUGGGUCUGCAAGCCUGCAUAGAUCUUGGAAUUGUGGCAAAAAUUCCGCCAGCUCCAGUUGAAGUGAUCCAUCAGCCCACCGAAAAAAUUAUUAAAAUUUACUCGGACGUUUUUGACCAGCCACAUGUACUAAGAUGCAAUCCUUUUCAUAUUAACCUGCAGCCUUGUGUUAAACCGAUCCAAGCAGUUUGUUGCAAGAAAACCGAGUCGCGUCUAAAAGUUAAACUUGAAGCCGAACUAAAAAGAAUGACCGAUGAAGGGUUCCUGGAACCAACUGAAGAAAAAACAGUCUGGAGCCAUCCAAUGAUUGCAUCAAUGAAACAGAACGAUGAUGUCAGUAUUUUUAUGGAUUGCCGUAAUUUAAAUAAAUACUUAACAGCUGAUUACUACCCUCUUCCAUUUAUUGAAGAUGAUUUUUCUAAUAUUAAAGGCUCUCAAUAUUUUUCAUUAUUCACUUCACCUCAAGCCUAUAUGCAAAUACCUCUUGACGAAGAAAGCUCCAGCAUCUGUACAAUAGUCACACCUUGUGGAAGAUUUAAGUUCAAGACUAUUCCAUAUGGGUUUAAGCGAGCAACAGAUAUUUCGCAUACAGUUUUCAGUCAAAUUUUCCAUGCUAUCGAUGGUGUAUUUGUUUACGUCGAUGAUAUUUUAGUUUACGGAAAAUCGAAAGAUGAGCACAAUAGAAGAUUAAUUGAAGUAUUGGAUAGAGCAAGACAGUAUAAUUUAAAGUUUUCCAAAGCAAAGUUGCAAGUUGAUAAAAGUGAGAUUCGAUUUAUGGGAUACGUAUUAUCAAAAGACGGUGCAAAAUUUGAUAAAACCAAUAUUGAAGCUAUUAAAGCCACGCCACCACCUAUAAACAAGCAAGAGCUACAAAGGUUUCUUAAAUACAAUGCAGGUAAAGAUCUCGCUGUUGCUUGCGCUUUAAGUAGGAGCCCAUUAAAGAAAUCCAGCAUGUGUUGCGUGGAAGAAACUAAAGUGAUACCCGCUCAUACUUUGCUCUGUGCCACUGAAGAAAGAAUCAAUGAGUUUAAAAAAUCUUUAAAAGAGGAUGAUAUUCUGCAGAAUGUAAUAACUUAUAUUAAAGAUGGUUGGCCUAAAUAUCCAUCAUGGAUCAAAUCAGAUGCUAGGAAAUACUAUAAUAUAAGAGAAGAUCUCCGAUUUGCAGGUGAUUUAUUAUUUUGUGAUACCAAACUUGUUGUUCCUUUGAAAGAGAAGCUCGAAGUCUUAAAACAACUACAUGCAACUCAUCAAGGUUUGAAGGCUUGCCAACAGAAGGCGAAGCUUUUGUACUUUUGGCCAACAAUGCUAAAAGAUAUUGAAAACUAUAUUGCUGGUUGUCUAGUUUGUCAAGGGAGUCUAAAGCCCGAUGGUGUUAACAAGCCUGUCGUUUCCCAGAAUAGCCCUGAAUUACCCUGGAUAAAAAUCGGAAUCUUCUUUGUUCAUGCUGAAAGAAGAGAUUUUGCGGUAAUAACGGAUUACUUCUCAAAAUUCCUUAUAGUUAAACCUAUAAAUGUAAAAACAGUGAAAGCAGUGACGACUAUCAUUGAGGAAGUAUGUGCAACACACGGACUACCAUUGGAAAUAGUAACUAUCAACGCGCCGCCAUUUAAUACUCCAGAAUGGAAACAGUUUCUGAAGGCAUAUGACAUAAACUUUUCCAAUCCCAGUGAUGAUUUAUUAGAAAAGCACGGUGAUAUUGCCAAAGCAUUAAUUGAAAAUAGCAUAAGUGCUAAUUCGGCACUAUUUUUGGCAAUUUUGGAGUAUAAUUCGACACCGAAAUAUGGACUUCAGUCUCCUUCAGAGCUGUUGAUGGGUAGGCGGCUGAGAACUGGUUUAUUAGUACCAAAAACUAUGUUGAUGCCGAAUUUUGAUAUUAGUAAAGCAAUUGCUGCUAUGAAAAAGGGACUGGGGGUUCUGAAUAAAGAAAAAUGUGGGUGUCUAGUAAAUAGUAAUCAUUUGUAA